AUGACUGAGACUCAAGGGCCUUUGGACACUCUCCCAGAACAGAAUUAUCCACCGUUGAUCACUCACAAUAAUUACUGGGGAACAAAACAGCUGAUUAACCAGGUGGUAAGUGAAGAUCAAGAGUACGUGAGUUGGAAGCUCAAGGAUGUACGAACGGGAGGAACCAUGAACGCUUACCUAAAUGGUUUCCAUAAUAAUCAUUCGGCAGGGACACAAGAUGGUGCUAGGAGUUUCGACUUUUCUAGCUGUUCACAACACUCUAAGAGCAAUUCUGGAAAGAUCAAGAAGACAGCACGUAUAAACUCAGUACCGAAAAAUCUACGUUUUCCAAGAGAAAUUCACGACGAGCAGCUUGCUAGAUUACCACAUUCCAAAUCUUUGGACCAAUCUGAACAACUGAACCUACUUUUGACCAAUUUGGACGAGGACCAAAUGAAUAGGUUUGAGGUGUUCCGCAGAACGUCAUUGGCCAAAAAUAAUAUCAAAAAGAUUUCAAGCAUUGUCACCAACCAAACCGUUGCUGCUAAUAUCAACCUCUUGUUGGCCGGUGUGGGUAAAAUAUUUGUAGGCGAAAUUGUGGAAAAAGCUCAAGAGGUCAAAAAACGGAAUCUAGUUGCGCUUAUGGCUUCUGUCUUUAGAGAGAAAAAACUGGCAGCACAUAAAUUGAAAAAAACCCUCAAGAAACUUACAAUGUUGGUCGAUAACUCUGGUGCGUCUUUGGAUGAUAGUGCCGAUGAGAACGAGACUGACGAAUAUGAGGACGAAAAUGACGAGAAACUUAUGAAACAAACUGAUAACUAUAAUGAGAUUGUGAGGUCAGGAGUAAAUUCUGAAGACAAUCGCAUCGGCCUUAUUAAACACUACAACCGAUUGGUUAAAUCGUUCAAUGCCUUGGAUGUGAGUGUAGAGAAAUAUGCGAAUAGUCCCAUUUUACCCGAGCAUAUACGUGAGGCUUGGAGGCUUUACAGGACUGAAAACGACACAGUUCCGCAGUCUACUUGGAGAACACAAGGUGAGGGAAAUGGAUGGAUGUUCAGAUAA